AUGCUCUCUAAUUGCUUUGUCGCGGUGCUUCUGUUUUUUGUACUUGUCCUUGAUCGAGCAUACAUCGAUCGGAUCUUGGAGGUCAACAGCACACUUCACGCUGUGACAGAGAUUAAUCCCGACGCGAUUGACAUAGCGGCAGAACUUGACGCAGAGAGGGCAGCCGGGAUCACUCGAGGUCCUUUGCAUGGCAUCCCAAUAAUCAUCAAGGGCAAUAUAGCAACCAACGAUAAAUUGAGCACAAGUGCGGGUUCAUUCGCUCUUCUUGGUGCUAAGGUGGCUUCUGACUCUACUAUCGCAUCAAAGUUGAGGGCAGCGGGAGCGAUCAUUUUGGGAAAAUCGAACCUAAGCCAGUGGGCAAACUUUCGUUCCAACAAUUCAACGAAUGGCUGGAGUGCAUAUGGUGAUCAGACUUUUGGCGCCUACUAUCCAGAGCAAGAUCCGAGCGGAAGCUCAAGUGGUAGCGGCGUUGUAUCGUCUUUGGGGCUUGCGUUUGCUUCUCUGGGUACUGAGACAAGUGGCUCUAUACUGAGUCCUGCCGAAGUUAACAAUGUCGUUGGUAUAAAGCCCACCGUGGGCCUAACGUCAAGAUCUCUGGUUGUUCCGAUCUCUGAGCAUCAAGAUACAAUUGGCCCCAUGGCGCGCACUGUGAUAGAUGCAGCUUAUGUUUUACAAGCAAUUGCAGGCAAGGACUCGCAAGACAACUACACCUCUGCACAGCCUUUCGAUACGCCGCCAGAUUAUGUGGCUGCUUGUAAACAAUCUGCCCUUGAAGGCGCCCGAAUCGGUGUGCCUCGUAAUCUGAUUGACGAAACUCAGCUGCCUGAUUCCACAAGCUUAGACUCAUUCAAUGCAGCGAUUGAGGUUCUGAAAGCGGCCGGCGCCAUCAUUAUCGACAACACUAACAUCACAGCUUUUGCCUUGGACCAGCUAACUAACGGAGAUAGUGUGAUCACGGUCUUGGGCGCCGAUUUUGUGGCGGAUUUGCCAAAAGAGUACCUUUCCAAAUUAACGACAAACCCGCAGAAUGUACAUACCCUUGAAGAUGUGCGGAACUUUACGCAGAAUUUACCAAUUGAAGAUUACCCAGACCGUGACACUGGCGUUUGGGACGAUGCGCUUGAUCUGGGAUUCGAUAAUACUAGCCCGGAGUUCUGGGCGGCCUAUCAAUUAAACUUACAGAUAGCAGGACCCGAAGGAAUCACAGGCUUGCUCAGAAAUUACAGCCUAGACGCGCUGAUCUUGCCGACGAAUUUUUCAUAUGCAUUACCAGCACUUAUUGGUAGCCCUGCUGUCACAGUGCCACUGGGUGCCUUCGACUCCAGUGAACCUGUCGUUCGAAAUGACAGAGGCACUCUGGUUGAGACCGGUCCAAACAUACCUUUUGGAAUUAGCUUUCUGGGCGCAAAGUGGAGUGAGGCGUCUUUAAUUGGAUAUGCAUUUGCCUAUGAGCAAAGGACAAAGAUCAGAGAGCAAAUAAAGCCGUAUAUUCUGCCGAGAACGGAAAUUGUGCAUGUUGUUCAGAACAACUGCAGCUGGACUCCUCCUACGGUGUACAAGAGACGGGUCAGUGGAAGCGUCAAGUAG